AUGUCACCUUCCAGCGACCAGGCGGACUCUGCUCAUGCUGCCGCUUUGAGUGUCUCUGCUGGUAAUCCUACAGGGGACUCCGCUGCGUCGGCUGCCGAGCCGGUUGCUGAGCCGGUUGCUGAGCCGGUUGCUGAGCCGGUUGCCGAACAUACUGUCGAGCCUGCCGUCGAGCCUGCCGUCGAGCCUGCCGUCGAGCCUGCCGUCGAGCCUGCCGUCGAGCCUGUUGCCGAGACUGCCGUCGAGCCCACUGCUGAGCCAACCUCUGAGCUGCUCUCCCAGUCUGUGCCUGGAACCGCUCCCGAGCCUGCCACUGAAUCUGCUCCCGAGCCAAAUGCUGACCUCACUGCAGCUGGGAAUGCCGAGGAGGAGACUGCGUCCCCGGUGAUUGCCCAGCACGAGACGUCGACAGCCGCGAAUUCCCUCAUCUCGGGCACCGGGGAGCCAGCCACGGUCGAGGCUCCGGCUCCGGCUCCCUCUGAGUCUGUCACCGCCGCCGCCGCCGCCGCCGCCGCCGCCGCCGAUGACACCUCGCCGGCGCCCCCUGCCUUGUCCGAGCCUGCCCCGCCUGGAGGCUCGACCAGCACUUUUAUGCGAAUGCCGGUCGCCGAUGCCGGCCUGGGCAGCGACUCCGAUGUCGGGGCCAGCUCUGACUCCAGCUCCGACUCCGGGUCGGACCUUGAGCUGGAGUAUGCCUUUGACAGUGGCGCCGAGGAGGAUGACGAGAUUGGCGGUGGCUCGGCUGCCAUUGGGCACCGCGUGGCCACGCGCAACGAGCUGGACGUCCGGACCCUUCCCCUGGACAAGGACCAGCUGCUGUCUCCUCUGCCGGAGGGUGUGAGCUCCAUCCCGCUGGGCAAGGUGUUCAGCCACGCGCCAGAUGGCAUGCUGGUGGUGCAGGCCGCGCAGGACACCACGGCCGGCGGCCCUCCCAUCGUGGCCGACGGGUCGAUUUUGUGCGUGCGCCCGGCGGACGGCGGUCCGGACAUCAGCCUGGGCUCCGUGUUCGAGACCAUGGGCCCGGUCUUCCGGCCAUUCUAUCUGCUGCGCUUUGGCACGGAUGCCCAGCUGCGUCAGGCGGUCGAGCACCACCGGCCGCUGCUGGACGUCAAUGCCGAGGUGCGUCUGGCCCAAACGCCGGACUGCAACACCAUCUCGGCCGAGCGGCUGCAUGAGAUGAUGACCUCGCGCCUGGAGCGUGGCUCCGACGCCUCCAACAUCCACGAUGAGGAGAUCGACCCCUCGCAAGCGGCCUUCUCCGAUGAUGAAGAGGAGCAGGCCGCGCGCCAGGCCCGCAAGCGCAAGCCUACCUCGGAUGCCGGCCGGCCGGAUGCCGCCACAGGCCGCGGGGGCUCCCGUGGUCCCCGUGGUGCUCCCCCCUCCAAGCAGCCUCGGCAUCAGGGGCCCCCGGUGAAGCAGCCGCAGUCGCAGCAGCAGCAGCAGCAGCAGCCGCAGCAGCCGCCGCCGCCGCAAAUGCCCUACAUGCAGCUUCCCAUGCAGCACCCUCAUUACCUCGCGUCGCACCAGGGACUGCCGCCGAUGGGCGCGCCAAUGCAGCAUCCCAUGCUCGGCAUGCAUGGCAUGCCCAUGAUGCCGCCUCUGGCCCUGCCUCUUGGGCCGCCGGUCAACUUCAUGUCGCCCCCGCACCACAUGUCGCCACCGGCGCCGGGUCCCCACCAUAUGCCGCCGCACAUGCCGCAUGGUGGCUCGCCCCCAGCGAUGCCCCCGCAGCAGCACGAUCCCCAGGGGGGGGACUCCGCGCGGCCGGGCCCGGCGGGACAGCCGUAGGCCGCACGGUGACGCCCCCACGUCGGGAAGCUCGUCUCGCAUGGGAGGCAAAUACAUGUGAAUGACAUUUAUGGGCUGGUGUGUGUUUGCCCCGGAGGAGGGUAGAGAGAUG